AUGUCCAACGUGAAAAACAACUUCCCAACUUUCCUAAGCGUUUUUCCCAAAGGAAAUCGACUGACCUACAUCCCUUUUCAUGAACGGGAAGUUGGCACUUGCGCCUUGCCCUCAUUCAAGGGCUGGAAAAUCCUUCUUCGAUCUCGCCAAAGGGAAAUUCGAUAUUAUAACCUUCAACCUGCUCGCUAUAGUGUAUUUAUUUAUUUGGCGGAUCAAGGUUAGAAAAUGGUUUAAAACUGGGGAUAGCCGACCUGGAAUUUUCGUUAGUAUAUUUUGUAGACUGGCAUUUACUCUGAGGCAUGCCAAUGGACAAUCCUCUGGAUAGUUUCAAUGCUGAAGCAUUGAGCAAUAAUUUGAUGGGACCAGCUGUAUUGGAAACAGAAUGGCGACUUCGAGCGGAAAAAGAGCUGAAUGAGACUCAAGAAAAUUAUUUAAUUGAAAUGCAGACAUUAAAAACACUAGUGAUAAAUGAUACAAAUCUUCAAGUGCCUAAUGUUGACGAAUUCCUACUGAGAUUUUUAAGGGCUAGGAAAUUUAAUAGCAAGAAAGCUUUUCAAAUGCUUCAAAGAUAUUUGCUUAUGAAACUAAAAUGUCCUGAGUUAUUUGCCUGCCCAUUACCUUCUGAGUGCGAAAGGACUUUCGAACUUCAGGCUCAAUAUAUGCUUCCCAGCAGGGAUCAGUGGGGUCGCAGAGUGUAUAUAAUGCGUGUAGAUAACUUCGAUUCCUCGAAAGUCUCGAUCGACGACAUCUUCAGGACCAAUAUCCUCGCUCUGGAACAAGUGGUGCGCGAGCCCGAAACUCAAAUAGCCGGCCUGGUCGUCAUCCUGGACAUGGCGGGUCUCUCACUCCAGCACGCCAAGUUUUUCACCCCCUACUACGCCAAACGGAUGGUGGAGCUCGUGCAAGAGACCUUUCCCUUACGUUUCAAGGGCUUUCACGUUGUUAACGAGCCCUUCUACUUCGACGCCAUCAUGACGGUGCUCAAGCCCUUUCUCAAAGACAAAAUUAAGAAGAGGAUAUACCUUCAUGGGAAUGACAUCACUGCACUCCACGCGUUUGUGUCCAGUGAUAUACUUCCUAUGGAAUAUGGUGGCACUGAUGGUACUUUCGAUAAUAAAUCCUGGUACAUGAAUUUGUUGGCGAACGAAGGAUACUUCAAAGACUUACGGAAUUACGGAUAUAAUACUGAAAACAAUGAAGAAGCGAAAAAAUAAUGUCAGUACUAAUAUUUUAGUCAAACAACAAAUUGCAGGGAAAUAAAGAAAUAAUAAAUAAAAAUAAAUAUAACAUAAGCUUAUUCAAAUUAAUUUAUUGGGAUCUGUUAACUGAAACUUUUAAUUUUUUUUGUCCUGUAAUAUUGAUCAUAAUGCCUAUGGGCAUAAUAAUUUUAUUUACAUAUAUUUGGUAUUUUAGUGCUGAAAUAUCGGUUAAUAAAAAUUGAUAAAAAUAUAGUU